AUGGUUUCGUUUUGUUUGGUGUUCCGCGCGGUCCGCGUGGUUGUCGUUCAGCCACCAAAGCACAGAACUGAUGAGGUUAUGGGAAAGCGUACUCUAAAACUCAAGUCCGUGGAAUCGAAAAUUUUGCGGAUGGCACAGAUCGGCACUGAAAGUGUUCCUGUGAAGAAUGGAGGGAAAGGAGGCAAUGCCAAACUCAUGUCCCUUCAGAAGAACAAAGUGCUUUGCUUGGAGGACGACAUCAGAGUAGGCAAAUCUGAAACGCCACCAGUGCAACUGAACGAAGGAGGGGUCACAACUGAUGUGGACUCCAGUAGUCUCGUGGAGCAUAAAGACUAA